GUCACUGCGGCAGUCACUCUCUCUCGCUCUCUCUCUCUCUCUCAAAAUCUCAAGCGAGACCAAAAUGUUUACGAAAUUCCAAAAAGCAUCCGAUAAGGCGUGGAUAUUUUUGCAACACAAAGCCAAUUCCUCUGUGUUUCUAAGGUACCUAAGCAUGUCCAAGAAGAGCUCCAAAGUUCAGGCUCUCUACGACCUCUGCAACAAGACUUUCACGCCCUCAGCCUCAGGGACACCUCCUCCCUCUUCUAAAGCUGUCCAGAGCCUCUCUUCUCUCUUGGACACAGUUGGCCCAGCUGAUGUUGGCCUCAAAGAGGAACAUUCAGAUGAUGAUCGAGGACAUGGCUUUUUUGGACUUACCGAACUAAACAGGGUAGCACGAUGGGCACAACCAAUAACUUAUCUGGACAUAUAUGAAUGUGAUAGUUUUACGAUGUGUAUAUUCUGCUUUCCUACUUCGGCAGUUAUUCCACUCCAUGACCAUCCCAGGAUGACUGUUUUUAGCAAAGUUCUCUAUGGCUCUUUGCAUGUGAAAGCUUAUGAUUGGGUUGAGCCUGCCCAAAUCCAGGAAAGCAAGGGACCAAGUUCCUUUCCAGUAAGAUUGGCAAAGUUGGCUGUUGAUAAGGUUUUAACAGCACCGUGUGGGACAACAGUUUUGUAUGAAAAGAGUGGGGGUAAUUUGCAUUGUUUUACCGCAGUCACCCCUUGUGCUGUGCUUGACAUCCUCUCACCUCCCUACAGAGAAGAAGCAGGCAGAAAAUGUACUUACUAUCAUGACUACCCUUACUCAACCUUCUCCGCAAGAAACGGGACGGAGAUAAUUAACGGAAAAGAAGAGGAUUAUGCAUGGCUUGCAGAGAUAGAAACACCAGAUGAUCUCUAUAUGCGCCAGGGAAAAUAUGCUGGCCCAGCUAUUCAGGUCUAGCUCUCAUCACCUGUGUUUGGUAGAUAGCCCACAUUUCUCAUUUCCAUUGGCCAGAAAAUGUUGUUGCAUGUUUACCACUGUAGUCUGACUAAAGAGGCACUAAGAUGCCUGAUGCAGUGUGCUUUUUGUCGAUGAUUGGAGGGGAUUGUAUUCAUAGAAUGUAUUAAUUUUGGCCACUUUUUCUAAGAAAUGCAUUCAAAGGGUUUCUGUUGCACCAACCUUGAUGUUAAGGGUUUCUACAA